GAUUAUUUAUACUAGUAACUUUAUCGAGUGUUUUACGUUGUGGAGUGAACACGUUGCGUGAAACAUUCCUUUUUUACAGUGUGGUUAGAAUCAACUAUUGUAAUAUUUAUUAGAAAUCACGAUGGCACAAUACGAUUUAACGUCUCGGAUAGGACAAUAUUUGGAUCGUCAUUUGGUUUUUCCACUUCUUGAAUUUUUAUCUGCUAAACAAAUUUAUGACGAAGAUGAAUUACUUCAAGCAAAAUUGGAUAUUCUUAGUAAAACUAAUAUGAUAGAUUAUACAAUUGAUAUUCGAAAACAAUUGUAUCCUAAUUUGGAAGUUCCAGAGGAAUUAAAAGCCAGACGUGCAGGUGUUUUACAAGAACUUAGUAUAUUGCAAAACAAUGUUUCCGUUGUUGUAGCUCUAAUGAAUAAUGAAGAAGUAAUGAAGAAAAUGGAAAACAUGAGAGAUUCGAAGGCCUUGAGUAAUUAUCUUACACAAGAAUCUGAUUUUAGGGUAGAAAUGAUGGACAAUUUUGUAAAACUUGCACAUUAUCGUUAUGAAUGCGGUAAUUAUUCUGUUUCCACUUCAUAUCUCUAUUUUUACAUGCUCAUAAUGCCACCAACUGACAAGAAUUAUUUAAAUGUAUUAUGGGGCAAGUUAGCUUCAGAGAUUCUUGUACAAAACUGGGAAACUGCGCUUGAAGAUGUAAACAAACUAAGAGAAUAUAUUGAUAGUAAUAUUAUUGGAAAUUCUGUACAAGUUUUACAAUUACGUACAUGGCUUAUUCAUUGGAGCUUGUUUGUUUUCUUUAAUCAUGUUAAGGGAAGAGAUUUGAUUAUUGAAAUGUUUCUUUAUCGACCUCAUUAUCUAAAUGCUAUACAAACAAUGUGUCCACAUAUAUUACGUUACUUAGCUGCAGCGGUGAUUGUCAAUCGUUCUCGACGUUCUAUAUUGAAAGAUCUUGUAAAAGUGAUACAACAGGAAUCUUAUACAUACCGGGAUCCUAUUACUGAAUUUUUGGAACAUUUAUAUGUUAAUUUUGAUUUUGACGGAGCAAGACAGAAAUUGCGACAAUGCCAAACCGUUGUAUUCAAUGAUUUCUUCCUCAUAGCAUUGUUGAAUGAAUUUGUAGAAAAUGCUAGAUUAAUGAUCUUUGAAACUUUCUGCAGAAUUCAUCAAUGUAUUAGUAUUGGAAUGCUUGCGGAAAAAUUGAAUAUGAAGGCAGAUGUAGCAGAAUGUUGGAUAGUUAAUUUAAUUCGUAAUGCUCGAUUAGAUGCAAAAAUAGACAGUAAAUUAGGACACGUUGUAAUGGGUGGACAGCCAGCAUCUCCAUACCAACAACUGGUUGAAAAAAUUGAAACCUUAAGUGUACGGAGUGAAGCUUUAGAAAAUCUAAUCGAACGGAAAGUAAAAGCGAAGAAUCAGGAUCCAGUAAGUAUAAUGUGGAACUAAUAGAGUAUCAUCGUUCUUGGAAUAUGGAUGUGUGACGUCUAAACAUUUUAUACAAAACUGUAUGACAAAAUAUAUGAAUAUGAAGAUGAUUCACAGCAUUAUAACUUAUCUCGAGCAUAUAAACUUAUUAGAGAAUACGCUGUAUUACUGCUUGAUGCAUAACUUCAUACAUCAUUGUAUAAAAAUCUAUCAAAUUUACUAUAUAAAAAAAAAAAUGUUUUAUCCAUUUUCGAAAAAUCGAUAUAAAUCUUUUAGAAUAAUAAAUCUUUUCUAAAAUAAAAAAAAGACUACAUUUACUUAUUACUGAUUACAUUUAGAUAGAAAAAUGUAAUAUAUUUAUCUUAUUCAUUAUCUGGUUUUUUAUUUUUCCUGACUAUUAUCAGUGCGUUGAAACACCUAAUUAAUAAAGAAAAGAGUGAUACAAAAAUAAAAAUGUCUUUCACAUAUUUUACAUUACCAGUGGUACAUACAUAUAUAUGAUAUGUUAAGUUUCAUCCAAUGUACUAUCUUUUUUUAUAAAAGAAUUAUUAAGAUGAAAUGGUACGAAAUUACAUCCAAUAUAACUAUUUCGGUCAAGACAAUAGAUGAGAACACUUCUCCAAUAUGGAUCUUCAGCUAAUAAUUCAGCAUUUCCAAGAAUAAUGAGUAAAGCACGUGCACGAGUGAUAGCAACAUUUAAUCUUUUUGGUGAAGCAAUAAAUCCCAGAGCAUGUUUGAUAUCCUCAGCGAUAAAAUUUGUAGAGGAUCGCACUGUUGAAAGGAUUAUUAUUUUUCGUUCUUGUCCUUGGAAUCCUUCAACACUGCUGAUUUUUGGACAUACAAUAUUUAAUUCCCAAAGUAAUUGUCGAAUUUGCAAAACCUUUAUAAUAAAGAGAGAGAUAUAAGGUA